AAAGUGUCGAGAGAGAUGAGGGCACGCGGACGUCCUCCUCAUCACAACAUCAUGCUACACCUCGCUACUCACCUGAACGGAUGCCGUCGGAGAUCUUCUCGGUAGUCGAGGCGGCUGCGGUGCGUUUGACGAGAUUGAGAGGUGAGCUGGGUACGGCGUGGAGGCGCUGUACGGUCGUUGCGCCAACUCACACUGGCCGUGUCCCGACUUCUGGAGGACCGAGUCGACUCCCUUGUCGAGAGCGUCUUGCUGGGGGGCACCGCCCUGCUGAGGUUGUUGCUGUGCGAGUGCAAGGGAGGGAGGUGUGAGCUCGACGACGCUUGUGCUGGAGAUGACGCGAAGGCCGCGGCUGGGGACACUCACGUCUGCCAUUGUGAUAGUCUGAGUUUGGUAGCGAAGUUGAUUGGUUGUGAUGGUUGAGGAAAGAAGGUGUGACUGGCCGCUUCUUGCUCUGCUAUAUACGUCCUCUUCGCUCACCUCGUCGCUCGCUCACCACACAUCUUCCAUGGUCUACUGCCGCUCCACGCCCUCGUGCCCAUUCGUACACGAGGAAGAGCUCUGUUUUCCCUCUCCUCUGCCGCCCGCAACGACGCUAUCUCGGUGGGCGAGGUCGGUGGGCGAGCUCGGGCCACAUUCUCUUGCGUCACUCGGCGCAAUAACAGGCCUCCACCCACGCACCAAACGCACCGCCCCGCCGGUCGAUGUGCAUCGCGAUCCUCGUCGCUCCCCCCGAAAUGCCUCUCUGCCAGUCGUCGAGUUUCGGGUCAAAAGGCGCAGCAAAACCGGCGGUCUCGCUGCGAUGAGCGGUGCGAUGAGUAGGGAGGGAUCGAUAAGGGGGCGGCGACGUAUUAACAUAUUGCUACAAGAGCCGGACGCAGGAGAACGAUGACAACAUAGACGAGACGGGGUGCGGCUGCGGGUCCAGAACGAGAGAGUA